UUUCUCUCUCUCCCUUCCUAUACAAUCCACACACCCCCUCAAAAACCCUUCAUUUCCAAUCGUCCAAAGCCCAACUCCAAGCCCAAGCCCAAGCCCAUAACCAAACCCAAUGGCAUCCACCUUAUUCACCACCCCAACCUUCACACCAACCAUACCAAAACACUCCCAAUCAACCACCACACCUCAUCAAUCCUUCCAUGGGCUCAGGCCCAUUAGGCCCACUGAUGCUUUCUACUCAAAAUUCACCGUUCAUCGGUCAUCAUCUACGACAUCUAGGCGGUCCAUAGCUAAGAUUGGAAGCCCGAGAGCCGAAUUGAAUGCGUCAUUGGUGAUCAGCCUCAGCACGGCCGUAUCGCUCUUCUUGGGCCGGUUCGUGUUCUUGAACUUCCAACGUGAGAAUGUGGCGAAACAGGUGCCAGGGCAAAAUGGUGUGACCCAUUUCGAGGCGGGGGAUACGCGGGCCAAAGAGUAUGUUGGGCUGCUAAAGUCCAAUGAUCCGGCCGGGUUCAACAUCGUCGAUGUGCUCGCGUGGGGCUCGAUCGGUCAUAUAGUGGCCUACUACAUCCUGGCCACGUCGAGCAAUGGCUACGAUCCUAAGUUCUUUGAAUGAAUUGGGUGCGAUCCAACGGUGGCCGGCGACGGUCGUAUGUGUACAGUUGGAAGGAUAUAAUUCAGUAAUUCAGUUUCAGUGUAAUAUGUGGUAAUUCCUUGGACUGUAUGAUCUGUUUUUUCUA